UCCCUUCUCUGCGUAUCGUACUGUACAGUACCGGUACGCUUGUGGAUCCAAACACCGCGACGACAACUGACAGACGCAACCAUUGGGAAUCCCAGUUAAAGCAAGAGAUACUUCCUCAAUCAUGCCCAGGAUCGAUGACAGUAGCGACGAAGCAGAAUAUGAAGAGGAGGAAGUCGAAACCCCAAGCCGGAAACGCCGGGCAUCUCGCGGAGUGGUGACUUACAACGAAGACUAUGACGAUGAGGAGGAGGAAGAAGAGGAGGAGGAUGACGACGACGACGACGACGAUGAUGAUGAUGAUAUUCCGCUCGCUGCCUUGAAGAGCAAAUCGCCGGCGAAAAAGAAGAAAACCGAAGCCAAAGCCAAAACCACCAAAGCGAAAGCCAAAGCCAAAACACCCGCCAAGAAGAAGAAAGCCACCCCAAAAGCGUCUGCCUCAAAAUCCACUGCGUCGGGGAGCAGCACCAAGGACGAUUACAGCUACCCAUCGUUUGCAUUGUACGGGACCGAAUCCCUCAAGGGAAAACUCAUUCAGAAUCUCUUGUGCCGAUGGUGGUAUGCCAUUGCCUGGCCGGAUCCGUCGGCCAUCCCGAAGGAACCCCCGACGGACUACGAUGCAAUGGAUGGGUUUCCCGGGGUAUUCAUUUGCACACAGGGGGAAGAAGUGGGGACCAUUAAGGACUUUCGAGACAAGGAAAACACUCCGUGUUUCAACAACUUUGCCCGAAAGUCGUCGGAGGAGCUGAAGGAGUUGCUCGUGGAGGCCAUCAACGAACAGAAGCGGCAACUCGUUCAGGCAGAGGGCACGGGGACUGCCACCGAAAAGGAAUUGGACACCAUGCUCAAGUGGGCCAAAAAGGUAAACGCAAAAAAGGCCGAUACGGAAGCGGCAAAGAUCCUCAAGGCCAACAAAUUAUCGAUUCCCGCUUGAUCACGAAUAACCAUCGCUACUCUGCCGAAUCACGACAUAAAUUGGAAUAAAGAUCUGAACCGAAACGGCAGAAGUAUGAUAUCGUAAAAACAAGGUCCAAACCAUAUGGGAAAACGCUAAACGUAGGCAUCAACAAUUAAUGUACGAGAAACACAUUAGUCAAAAAUCCUCCCGUGUUCGUAAACCGGAUUUUAUGUUUGACUCCGUAGAUAACAAUAAACUCCGAGGAUGCACCAUUCUAUUUUGCAACUGCGAUUGCUCAAACCAUCGAUGCAGUAUUGCCAUCGAGACUAUUUCGCAAUGUCCAAUGCAUGAACUUCACAGAAUGCUAGCUUCCUCUUCUCGACGAAGGUCGGGUCGCAGCGCAUUUCGAGCGCCGAGAAGGGUAUACGAUGCCGCUUCUGUAGCACCGGUCAGCGGGGCCACCAGCAGGACAGGGAUGCCUUUGAUCACACUCGUCACGGCGCCGGUCAAACCAUUCCGCAGGUACUCGCGAUAGGGUACCACGACAACCUUGUAGUUCGCGGCACUAAAUCCCCGGGUAAGGCUCGUGGCAGCGUGGAGUCGUGCAUCGCCAAUCCCCUUUGGAAUCGAAAGGGGGCGAGAUGGCAACGGAUCGGUCACGUCGUUUUGACCCCUGCCUCCUCCCAAAGAAUCAGCCAUGAGAUUUGCUGCAAUUCUUGUCAAGCCAGAUGUCGUUGCCAGCGUUUGGAAAACUACGGUUUCCGCCAGAGAUUUCAUUCCUUUCUUCAUUGCCUUGUGGAUGCUGUCUCCUUCCUUGAAUGCUUCGUAAGGAAGCACAACAAGAUCUGUUAGUCCUUGUCCAACGUCUGUGAACGGCUCAAAAGGGCGAGCGCUGGUGAGAAAUUUGUGGAGCUGGGUAGCACAUAUUUCUUGAAUCCAUUUUGACACUACUUCACCGAACACCGAUCCCAUUCCAACACUAUUUUCCACAGUGACUUCAUCGAGGGCAAUUACCAUCCUUUGGAUCGGACUCAGAUUGACGAGUUCGACAAUGCUACCAUCCCGAAGAGCUUCCACAUCGACCCGGAUUGGGGUAUAAUCCACCUUGACUUUCCAGGGUUUUAUCUUGAAAGUUUUAAACAAAGGUGGUGGGACUAGAUGAAGUCUCGAAGACCACUUCUCUGGUCCGGCAUCCCUCCCAUCUACAUCCAUGCCUUCAUUAUUGAAAAACGCUUUCAUAAACGAGAUCGCACGUUGGUCCAGGAGGCACCUCAUCGGCAUGAGUUGCACGGUAAUGUUGGCUUCGUCGCUUGCAAGCUCGUCAUCCUUCGUUACUUUGCUACUUGGUGCCCAUGUUGCCAUACUUAACAUCAAUGUGCCAAACCGAGUGUCACGGGGGUGUUCAUAGUCGUUACUCCAUUCACCUAUCAUUUUGAUAGGUCUGGAAUGACUAACUGUUUCAGCGAUAAAUAAGUUCGAUACAG